AUGAAAAUCUUUCUCUCUUCCAAACCAUGUCACAAACUCAACAACAACAACAACAACACUUCCAUCUCUCAUCUUUCUCAAACAACAUAUAGUAGUGAUCAGUCGGAUCUUUUUUUUGAAUCACUUCAAGAUGUUUCAUUCAUUCCUAUUGAAAUACCUCUAUUCACAACGAACGAUCAAAACAAUAAUAAUAAUGGAAUGAUCAGCAACAACAACGCCAUUACCACCACCACUAUUCAUCAAUGUAUUUGUUCUGGACCUUCUUCCGAAGAUUCCAAAUGUAGAAUUUUAUUGGGUGAUGGAAGAGUUUAUAAAAUUUCAUUUUCAAAUAAUAUUCAAAAUAAUUUACCAGAAAUUAAAAGUCAAGGAUAUUUAACAGAAUUUGGAACUAGAACUCAAAAGAUUGUGAAAUAUAUGGAUUCUUUCACAAAUGGAUGUAUAUUUUUAGUGUAUGAUGUGAAAAAGCAACGAAAUGUUUUAUAUGGAGAAGAAUCAAAUUAUUAUGACAAUUUGGGAAAUAGUGAUUCAGAUCAAGUUCGACUCAUCUUUGAUCCUCACAUGAUGAUGAAUAAUGAUCAUUUCCAUAGCUCUACAUCAUUAUCAGUCACUCAUGUCGCAUGUUGUUUUUCUUUUAGUGUUUGUGUGGUGAAUCGAAGAGAUAUUCGAGUAUCAGGACAAGAUUGGAUUGAUGCUAAAUAUCCAACCAUAUGGAAGAAUUCACAAUUUACAACGCCCUGUGAUGUGAAAGAUAUAAGAGGUGGUAAUUUCCAUUUUAUUUGUCUCUUGGUGGAUGGAUCGAUUGUUGCGGGAGGAUCUUUUUCCAGAGAACACUCUCUUUGUGGAACCACUCAAGGUAGUAUUCAUCAUUUUACAAUUCCGUUUCGAAUUGAGUCAUUUUCAUGUUCUUCAUCUCGCACCUUAAUUGAACUUGAGAAUGAUCAAUCCUCCCAUAAUGAUUUUUUAUUGUAUGGAUCGAAUACAUUUGCUCAAACUCAAACAAAGGCCCACUGUCUCACAAUUCCAAAUCGUCCUGAUUUGAAACCUAAAAGUGUGCUCAUGUUUCGAGAGACCUUCGUAUUUAAAUUGAGCAGUGAUCCAACAAGGUUGAUCGUUGCCACAGAUUCUAGUAAUAUGGGUCUUGUGAAACUUUCUGAUUAUUUUAGUAUCAGAGACAUUUACAGAGAUGGAAUUGGCAUUAGUUCCUACACCAACGCCUUAGUGUUGUUUUGUAAUCCAGAGCAUGCAAGUCUCAUGCAACGAAGACUAGAAGAUCUCAUUUCGAAACGAGGAGAGGCCCUGUCAGAUAUUUCCAUCUACUGUCGUUCGCACUGGUAUUCGGGCUGUGACAAUGAGUAG